CUUGACUCUGUUCCACCAUCUCGAGCCUGAGCUAUAACGCAAGGCCUGAGUCUGGGACUCAGCAUGCUUGUUCAUUGGCAAAGAUAUUGCAGACUCACUGAUGGUAUCUCUGCUCGUCACUUCGCUCGGGCUUUUGCAAGCUCGUCUUAUUGCAAGGACCCAGUGGCGGUGGCAACAUCGAGCAGAAAAGCGGCUAUCCAAGAAAAGAUCGCACGAUUGGACGCAGCCUCUGUUUCUCCUCAACCUCUCGUCGACACCUUUGGACGGCGGCACAAUUACUUACGAAUAUCUCUGACCGAGCGGUGUAAUCUUCGAUGCCAAUAUUGCAUGCCGGAAGAGGGUAUAGAACUCUCUCCCAAGGCCAGCAUCUUGUCCGAUGACGAGGUCAUCCGCCUGGCCACAUUGUUCGUCAAGAGUGGUGUGACCAAGAUUCGGCUAACCGGAGGCGAACCCACUAUUCGCAAAGGUAUUGUUAAUCUGGUCGCCCGAUUAAAUGCUCUCCGUGAACAUGGACUAUCCUCUAUUGGAAUGACCAGCAAUGGCCUAAUCUUACAUCGACAUCUGGAUGACCUCGUGAAGAAUGGAAUGACCCAUCUAAACCUCAGCCUCGAUACACUGGAUCCGUUCAAGUUCGAGAUUAUGACACGCCGUAUGGGCCACGAAGCUGUCCUUAGGUCCCUACGCCAAGCUCUAGCAAAUCCACUACUCCAAGUCAAGUUAAAUAUCGUGGUCAUGAAAGACGUUAAUGACGCAGAAGUUCUUCAAUUCGUGGAAAUGACAAAAGACCAACCGCUUUCCGUCCGCUUUAUCGAGUUCAUGCCAUUCACAGGAAACAAAUGGAACAAGGAUAAAAUGUUACCGUCCGCGGAACUCGAAUCUCGGAUCCGCACCUUUCAUCCCGGCCUCGUAAAGGCUUCCGAUGAAUUGAACGACACGGCACGAUCCUACACUAUACCCGGAUAUCGAGGCAGCCUGGGCUUCAUUUCGAGCAUGUCUGACCACUUCUGCUCGUCUUGCAACCGACUGAGACUCACAGCAGAUGGACAGGUCAAGGUAUGCUUGUUUGAUCCCAAGGAAAUAUCCCUACGCGACCAAAUGCGGAGUGGUGCCGACGAUACUGUUUUGCUCAAAACGAUCCGGCACGCACUCUACGGAAAGAAGGAGAAGCAUGCCGCACGUCUCUCGUCCAUGCAACCCCUAUUGAACAAGAGGACGCCUCGGAUCCAUGGCUAUUUUCUUCUUCCUCCCCAUUCAACUCGACAUGCUUUAAGUCAUGUGCGAUAUAGCUCCUCCUCGGCCUCCGACUCAACGCCACCAAAGAAACUUACCCAUAUCGACAGUACGGGACGACCGGCCAUGGUCGACGUCUCUUCCAAAACCUCCACCAUCCGAACUGCAACUGCGACAGGGCGGAUAUACCUGCCUCGUGCAGCCUACAAAUUAGUCUCUCCUCCACCGGACCCAGCGCUGAAAGCCGGUCUCCCGAGAAAUGAAUUAGAGAAGGCGAAGGAGAAGGCGAGGGCCAAGGGAGAUGUGCUAUUGGUGGCUCAACUUGCAGCCCUGAUGGCGAGCAAGCGCACCGCAGACCUCAUCCCGCUCUGCCACCCCAUUCCGCUCUCGCACGUUGCUGUGACGCUUAGGCCGGAAGAUAACGGGAAUGAGAUAUCCGAGGAACGUCGGUUCUGUAUCUCAUGCGAGGCGACCGUCACUUGUGAGGGUCGUACAGGUGUCGAGAUGGAAGCAUUGACGGCCGUGUCCGUUGGCUUGUUGACUGUCUGGGACAUGUUGAAGGCGGUAGCUGGCAAAGAAAUGUUGAUUGAUGAGAUUUUCGUACGGGCGAAGUCGGGUGGCAAAAGCGGUGAUUUUGUGAGGGGGAAUCCGAGUCGAACAAUUUGAUUCUGUUGGAGAGUUUGUUGAAGCUCUUCGGCAAUCCAUCAUACCCUGCUCCAAAUCCGGAGCUCCAUCAGCGGUUUGAUGUAUGAC